AUGCUGAUUGUUGAAGAGAGAAACAGUCAUUCUCUGCACUCAGUUCCAUUUCUUCUGCUCUUUUUUCUAGGGCUGCUGAACUUCCUGGAGGCGCCAGUUAUGGAAACGGGCUCGAAUACCUCCACUUGUGAUCUCUAUGAGCACGAAGGUUUAGCGCGUAUCUUACUGCCUGUAUUCUACGGCCUAAUUUUCAUAAUAGGGAUGCUUGGAAAUGUACUUGCUCUCAUCGUGGUGAUCAAAAACAGGAAAAAAAUCAAUUCUACUACCCUUUACUCAACAAAUCUUGUUGUGUCGGACAUUCUUUUUACUACGGCUUUGCCUGCGAGAAUCGCAUAUUAUGCAAAGGGCUUCGACUGGCCCUUUGGAGAAGUACUCUGCAAACUCACUGCGCUCGUCUUCUACAUCAACAUUUAUGCCGCUGUGAACUUCAUGACGUGCUUGAGCAUUGACAGGUUUGUGGCUGUGGUCCACCCGUUGCGCACCAGGAUCAGGACAGUGAGAUGUGCCACCUACAUUUGUUGUUCAGUGUGGUUUCUGGUAUUAGCCCAGACUCUCCCAUUGGUUACACAAUCCUUGUCACAUGAAGAAGAUAAAAGGAACACAUGCAUGGAAUAUCCAAACUUUGAAAAAAUACCAAAUCUCCCUUGGAUGCUUCUUGGUGCCUGCUUACUUGGAUACAUAAUUCCCCUUGGGGUUACACUAGUUUGUUAUUCUAAAAUUGUUUAUAAACUCUAUAAAAAUGCAAAAAAAAAUCCACUUGCUGAAAAAUCAGGGACAAACAAAAAGGCCAUUAAUAUGAUUUUUUUCAUCAUUGUGGUCUUCAUCGUUUGUCUCACUCCUUACCACGCUGCCAUUAUCAAACACAUGAUUACAAAGAUUAUAUUUGGUAAUCCUGAAUGCAGGGAUCAAAAACUCUUCCAGAAGACCCUCCAUUACACGGUGUUACUGAUGAAUUUAAACUGCUGCUUGGAUCCUCUAAUCUAUUUCUUUGCAUGCAGAGGAUACAAAAGAACAGUCAUGAGAAUCCUGAGACGACAAGGAAGCAUAUCAUUAUCAAGUGUUGCUCGAACAGGUCAUGAAGAAAGCUCCCGUGAUAUUGGAGAUGCUAACACGGCUACUGUUACAACAGCAUUAAAUGGGAAACGAUGA